GAUGUUCUGAUUAGUUUCUGCCUGUUCAGCCUGCAGAGGAGCAGCGACAUCAUUCUGAGUGAAGUUGAUGAGACGCCACAGAGCGAUGAAGAACUGAUGAUGAUGAGUGUGGCGGUAAAUCAGGAGGAAGGUGAUGAAAAAGCUGCAGCCAGAGGUGAAAACCCAAGCAGAACCUGCAAGCUGCCAGCAGGGGGAGUAGUUCUGCUGGUUCUGGUCGGUCUGCUGGCUGCUGCUGUCAUCACCUACAAACUCUCUUUUGAUAAAAUACGAACCAAUCAAACCAUCCAAACCCUGAAAGAGGAGAAUGAAGCUCUGAGGAAAAAUAUCUCAGAGCAGCAAACAAGUCCAACAUGUCCAGCAAGUCCAACAUGUCCAACAUGUCCAGCAUGUCCAACAUGUCCAACAUGUCCUCGACCUCCACCAUGUCCUCCACCUGGGUGGAUCGCCGAUUAAGUUUCUGGUAUGAGGGAGAACCAAACAACUGGACCGGACAGAACCCAGCAGGAGAGGAUUGUGUGAGGAUGGACAUGAAAGAAAACAUCAAAGAUCUGAAUAAUUGGGAUGAUCAUUCCUGUGAUGUUCAACUCAAAAGUGUCUGUGAGAAACCAGCAGAAAUGUGAUUGUUUUUAUCAGGUACAAACAUUUAAGACGUUUUCUUUCUGUCUGGACUGAAUUAAGAUGCAAAAAGUCAGAUUUAAAUUUAGGCUUUUAAUUUACUUUCACAUGAUGUGUUAUUGCUGAUUGGAGAUUUAUAAAUAAACUAAAUAGAAAAUAAA